AAAAAAAAUAGAUCGGUAGCAUCAGAAGGCAGAAAAUGUGCAGCAAAGGGCAGCAGCAGCAGCAACAACAAUACCCAAAACAAAUUUUGGGAAUGGGUCUUGUCACUUCCUUUUGACAGCAAAUGGUCAAAGCGCGAGGAAGAUACAAGGAGUGCUAGUUAUGAAGUCGUUCUUGUUUUAUAUUAUUCUCUUUGCUUUCUUAAAAGUUCCAGAUGUUGCUUUUGGCCAAGACUGUUGCCAAAAGUUAUCACUGCCAAAUGAGUGUCACUUUCUUUGUGGAACAAGAGAAGAGAGUUGGUGGAGUUUGACAAGGUGGAGAUGCAUGCAUCAACAUGGAGCAGAGGUUGCAAACUGCAAGAUAAAAGCAAGCAUUGAUUAUGUCAAGGCAUUUGGACAGGAUUUCACAAAUACCAUCCAGAAAAGCUUCAACAAGCUCUCUACAGCUUUACAAGCAAAGCUUUCUGAUGCAUCAAAAUUUGCUACAGCCACUGCUGAAGAGCUAAAAACAGUUUCUCAGGAUGUUCUGUCCUCGCUGACCACAGUGUCACAGAUGACAGUUACACAAUUCAGAGGCCUUGUUCCAAGAUUCAAAUCAUUCUCUGCUGAAAAUUUGAAGAUUCUCUUGAAUAAAAUCAACAUUGAUGUAAUUUUCCAGAACAUUCAGGAUUUAGCUAAAGAGACAUGGGAUCUUGCUCAAGUCAAAAUAAUUUCUUCAAAAGUCUAUCAGAAAUAUGGUAAAGACAUUGCCAAAUGGACCUCUGCACAGUUUUCAUCACUUGGAAAUUUGAUAGCUGGAAUACCCUCCUCUGAUCUUGCAAAAGUUGCUGCAAACACUUUUGACAAGAGUCUAACAUCCAUUUGCAAAGCAAGGCUAAAGGUUUAUCAGAAGAUUAGUUUGAUAACUCCUGCUACAAAAGCCUUUGGUAGCUUGUCAAACUGGACUAGCACUCAAAUUAAACAGAUGUGUAAUUUAGUUGAAGCACUAACCCCAGAACAAAUACUGGAAUUGUCUGCUAAAGAGAUUUCUGAUGCUAUCGACGGCCUGAAAAGCCUCUCUUUCAGCGAUACACAACUGGAUGCGCUGUUAAAGAAAGCCAAAGACCAGUACGGACAGAUAUCGUCAUGGACGCUGUCGCAAUUGCAGAACAUAGGGAAGAUGGUUAAGGGUCUUAGUGCUGCAGAUAUUCGAAAGAUCGACAAAGAGAAAAUUAAGACUAUGCUGACUGGACUUGGAAAUAUCCAGUGGGAUAUUGCGCAAGUCAGGAGACUGGGUACUAAACUGAAGGAAGCUCUAGGGGCUCCUGACAAAUGGACGUCGGCAGAUCUUGAUAAAGCAAAGACGUUGCUGAAGGGACUUGUUGUUUCGGAGCUAGAAAAGAUUGACAGCACGGGUUUGAAAAAUUCCCUGAGAAAUCUAAAGCCAGUCGUUUGGACUAUGGACCAGUCUCAGGUCAUCCUAGGAAAAAUCAAAGAAAAAGUCACUCUGGACAGUCUUACAAAGGAGGAUGUCUUGGCCUUAUUUAACACAGUAGAUGCCUGGUCUACAUCUGAUGUUGGCAGAUUUUCCCAAACUGUUCUCUUUGCUGUGUUUCCUGAGCUUCUUAUUGUUAAGACGAUCGCCACUCCAGUUUUGAGACAGUUCAUAAGAACUUAUAAGCAACAGCCAGGUAGCAAAGACAUCAGCGUGCUAAAAGGUUUAGCGCAAGCACUAACACGGAUGGAACUCAAUGAAGCUGUGGUAGCAGACAUUGUAGUUACCUUAGAACAGCUGACGGGCAAUGACUGGGAUGAAGCACAGAUUGUAGAGUUGAUGGUCAAAGUUCGAUCAAAACUUGGCAACCUUAACCUUACCGAAACAAUAGACAGUGACUCUCCACCAUGGGGGUCGAAGAAUCUUAAGAAACUAGGGAAGGUCAUUCUUGGUCUCACGAAGGACGAACUGAAGAUUUUUCCAAUUAGAGGGAUUGAAGAUUCAGUGGAGGUCAUGGGAAAGCAGUCAGGAUGGAGACGGGGCCAGAUUAUUUCGAUGAUUUUGAGGUUCCGCGAGUACAUGGCAUUCCAAAACAAAACCAUUGAAAAUCUUGGUGAGCUGGACCUCGAGACACUUGGUAGCCUUGUGCAGGGUUUUGCAGCGAAGGAGCUCAAGACAUUGCCGCAGUCUGCGUUGAGUGUUGCUAUCAAAAAGCUUGGAGAGACGUCUGGGUUGCCGGAAGACAAAUUGAAAUCAUUUGCAUUUACAGCCUUAGAGCAUUUCAAGAAUAAAUCUGGCGUUGACAUUUUGGAUACGAAUCAAGUUAAAUCGCUUGGGAACCUCGUGGUUGGUUUAAGCAAAGAGGCUCUUUCAAAGAUAGGGAAAAAUGCUUUUUUGAGUGAAGUUUACAAUAUCGCUAAAAAGCCAGGAAUGACCAAUGAUAAAUUCAAAGAACUGAUAAAGCUCGGGAAAAAAUACUUCGGGAAGAGUGAUGUCGGUCAGUGGCUUGGGGAACAUUGGAAGAAACUUGGACCUGCAAUAAAAGGAAUGGAUGCCGCAGAGAUCAUGCGCAUAAAUAAGGAAGCAUUUGAUGACGUCAUUGACUACUUUGGUGAAAUUGAUGGCUGGACACCAGAGCAGGCGAAAGCGUUUGUUUUGAAGGCGAAAGAUUAUUGGAAAGAGAGAGAUGUAGGCAAAUGGACUGGCGCCCAACUCAGGAGGCUUGGCUCUUUAAUCAACGGUCUUUCCGCGGAUGAGAUUUUACGGAUUGCAAAGAACAACUUCAAAGACAUGAUUGGCAGCUGUGCGCAUGUCUCUGAUCUCAACGGUGCUGUUUCGAAAGCUUUGAUUUCCAGAGCCAAACAGGUAUUGGCAAACGGUGAUGCAGCUAAGUUCAAUUUAACAGAGAUAAAGCUACUCGGCUGUGCCUUAACUGGUUUGGAUACAGAUGAUCUCAAGAAGCUAAGACUUGAUAUCGACGUCAUUGCAGAGCUCGGCAAACACACUGGUUGGAAUACAGAGCAGCUCAAAGUCCUUGCUGGGAAAGUGAAGACUUUUCUUCAAACCAAUGUCAACAAGGAAAACUUAAUGAGUAUUGGAACUCUAAUCAAAGGUUUAACUGCUGAUGAUAUCAAGUCACUAACAAGUGAUUCGUUCAAAUAUGCACUUGGAAAGAUUGGGAAGCUCAGUGGACUAAGCGAAGAGCAGAUCAAUGCCUUAAUACUUAAAGCCAAGGAGGCCUGGGGCUCUGACGUCAGUACAUGGACGGCUGCUCAAGUGAUCGAGCUCGGAAACUUGUUUAGCGGUAUGAAACCAGAAGAUAUCCCAAAAAUCGAUAAAGAUGCAAUUGAUCAAAUCAAGAUUUCAGCUUUAGGAAAGAUGACGAAAGAUCAGAUCAAGGCAUUCACAGUGGUGCAGUUAAAAUCGAUGGACUCGCCCCAAGCUUAUGCGCUAACGGCAGAGCAAAGAUCCGGACUGUCCGGUGCUCAGUUGAGUGCACUUGUCUCGGUAGAACAAUCAGAUCCUCAGGAACCGGAUCCCUGGGCGUGCAAAGGUGUGUGUGCUGGGGCAACAUCUAUUUUUUCACCAUCGAUUUUUAUGGUGCUACUGUGGACAUUGGCCCAACUGUUUUGGAUUCACCAUUAAAGAGCCACACUCAGGCAAUCAACUUUGAAUCCUGGCAGGGCCUAUCAUAUAAUUGCUAGCUGGUCUAUCACAAGUACAGUAUACCACUUUUUAAAGCAGAAGCUAUUUAAUUGUACUAAUAGGAUAAUUCAUGAUUUAAAGAUAAAAACUUUUGAAUUGUCCAGUGGAGCGGAAUGGCGUUGGAUGAACGUACAUUCCCACUUACAUAGAGGCUUUCUUCGUAGUUUGUUUGAUUUUUUAGAAAUUUCAUUUUUAUUGAAAUUUAAAUUCAAAAAUGUUGUUUUCAUAUAAAUAGUGAUUCAUAACGUUAUUUUCAAAUAAAUCCUUACUCAAAUAGAGUUAAUACGCCAAUGUUCUUGACUAGGGAAAGGGGGGCUUCAGUAAGAAGUAGAUUUAUAAUUAGUGAAUAUCAUGUUGAAUAAACUCAACUUUUAUAAAAAAACUUUGUCUUAAAACUUUUAAUGUUUCUUCUAAUGUUUUUAAUGUUUGUAUGAAAUCUCCUUAAGACGACACAGUGUCCCACUGAAUUUGCUAUUUUUAAGGGGACUAGAAUUCAAAUGCUGCCAGAAAUGAUGUUUGUCAGCUCUUCAGCAUAAUAUUUACAAAAGUUUUUCAGCAAGCUAAUUAUGCCAACUGACUCUUACUUAUCGUAGCUUUGGAAAUGUUUGUCUAUACAUAAUCGAAAACCACAUAAAAAAUAAAUUUAUGAGGUAAAAAAAGGAAAAAGUUUCUUAUGUCAUAUUCGAUCUCCGAUCCCUGCCAGUAGAGUUUCAAAAUUUCAUGAAAGAGGCUACCAGAGUUUCCAAAGACAUUUUUUUUUUAAAAUGGGUGUUUUAUAAAAACCAGUGAUUUUGAAGAAUGGGUGUUUUUAUGAAAGCCCUUUGAAAAAUUGGGACUUAUCAAGCAUUGUGAAGAUGGGGAAUUUUUACUUGAAAGGCAUUUUACAUUUUUCUAAAAAGUGGGGGGGGGCGAUAACAAAUAUUGUGUCUUUCAAUCUUAUAUUUCUUGUUUUUUCUAGUCUUUUUUAUGGGGUUGGGUAUAUGAAUGUUUUUCACUUUGUUUACUUGGGCGUCAACUUUCCCUAAUGAUGUAUGUACAAUUUACAAAGGCAUAAUUUUCUAAGCAUAACGAUCAUAUGAAAAUGGUAUUGUAUAAUUAACCUUUAACAAUGGAAUGAAAAUAUCUACAGUUUA